CUCCAACAGAUUGGGAAACAGAAUGCCAUUUGAUGGAGCCAGUGAACCUGACCAUGCCCAUGGGUCAUUAAAGUCUGAAUCAGACACCUUGCAGAACACAUUACCUGAAAAUGAGAAAUUCUAUUUUGACCUGUCCAGAAUUAUUGAUAGAAAUGCAAGGCAUGCUGAUGGAAUUUUCACCAGUGUCUGCAGCCAUCUUUUGGCUAAACUUGCUGUGAAGACAUAUCUGCAUUCGCUUAUUAGAAAACGAGUUAGCUCCCAGGACAGUCCUGUCAAACGUCACUCUGACGCUGUCUUCACUGACAACUACAGCCGUUUUCGAAAGCAAAUGGCUGUGAAGAAAUACUUAAACUCAGUUUUAACUGGAAAAAGAAGCCAGGAAGAGCUAAACCCCGCUAAACUUCGAGAUGAAGCAGAACUUGUGGAACCUUCCUUUUCAGAAAACUAUGAUUCUGUAGAUGAGCUGCUGAGCCACCUCCCACUGGACCUCUGAAGGACACCUGGUAAAGUCUAUGGCAAGAACAAGCUAUUUUUGAGUUCCACAUAGUAUUUCAAAGAGAUGACUUUAGUCAUCAAACCAGAACAAAUAUGUUGUGAAGUGAAAGUUGUGAUAUAUUUGUUUCUUAUGUAAUAAAAGUUGAUAUUUACAUUGUAAAUAUUACUCUAGAGUUCUCUACUGGAAGCUGUACAUAUGGAUGCCAGUUUAACUCAUGAGAAGUCUGUGAGUCCAUAUGCUGUAAAUCCUUUACUUCAAUAAAUUCAUU